AUGCUCAACAUCAACUCCGAUUACCACGCUGCUGAAGUUAGCAGAUUCGUUGCCCGCGAAGGCAUGAGUCUGCAAAUUGCAUUUACCCACUUCAGCGAUACAGGCAUUGGCAGUGAGGUUAUGGCUGGCGAGAUCAUGUUCAAUGAACUCUCCUCUAAAUUUCAGAACAUACACUGGCGGAGGUGUGAAUAUUUACUCAGCAUCCAAGGCCUCGCCUUGCUUAAGGCCUACUACGGGAAGACUCUUUCAUUGAGUGGUACACAUUAUUGGCGGCACACGCAAGAAUCUAAUUGUAUAAAUGGCUAUUACUGA